CAAAAAGUUGUCAAAAUCAAAGUAUGUUCAGUUCAUUAGAUGUUAACUAAGUAUAGUUUUUUAAAAUAGCUAUGAAAGAACACUGAAAAUAGGUAAGUGGAUAUACUAACUUGGCUAGGAAAAUAUCUAGCACAGAUGUCAGUUUUCUUUAAAUUAGUAUAAAGUGUACUCAGUCAAAAUACUACAAGCUUUGCAUUUAACCAAGUGAAUUUAACCAAGUGUCUCUGAAGUUCAUCUGGAAAGAUAAGCCAAAUUUAAUGAGACUGAAGGGACCUUAGAGAAGGCAUUAGAACUGAAUUUAAAGGGUAAGUAUGACUGAAAUGGCAGCAAAUAGAAAUAGAGGUAAAAAAAAGAACAUGGAUUCUGUUUACCCCCGACCCACCCAAAAAAAUCCAUUAAAAUUUGAGCUUAGUGGGAAAAAAUAGAACAUAAUUAAAAUGGUUGCUGAGACUGAAUGUGAGGCAUAUUCUAGAUUUUAAGAGAUUGACCAUACUGAUUGAGUUGAGUAUUGGUAUAAGUAGGUAUGUGUUUUAGGUCAUCAAUUCUAGUGACACUGUGGGUAAUAAAAUGGGGAAUGGGAAAAAUGAACAUCGUCUGCUUUUCAGGCUUUUGGCAUAGUUCUUACUUCUCAUUUAAUAUGUGGUGCCCUUCUCAUUCACUACCUGUCAGAAAUCCUUUUCAUUCAUUCAAAGUGUAUCUCACCCUUUCUUUUCCAUCACCCACCCCUCCACCUAAGUUACCAGUAUCUUAUAGAAAGCAAUUUGCUUACUGAAUACUUUAUAGGUCAUUUUUUCCAUAUCAGAGCUUGUUAAGUGAGGUCCAAUAGUGAUAGAGUGGGAGGAAAAAAUGAUGAAUUUAAGAAUGACAACGAGUGGAAGUGAUAUCACACAAGAGUUGAAAAUGCUAAAGGUUCUAAUCUUGAGAACUGAGAAAGAUGAUUUCAUGGAGAAUGUCCACAUCUGAGUACUCAAGCGGAGUAAGAAGUAUCAACAAAAUAAAUAAUUAAAGGAGGUCUUAACAUUAUUGAUUAUUUUGACUUUUUUAAUUGGGAAAAUUUGAAGUAGGAGCUAUAAUUAAACCAUUUACAACAUCAAUAUUUCCUUAGUUUAGUAACAAGAUAUCUUUAAGAUGAAAUAUAAAUAUGAAUCUAAGAACUUUUGUUGGUUGGUUGCUUGGUUGGUUGGUUUCUUACUUGGUGCUGAGGAUUGAACACAGAACUUCUCAUACUAGUAAGUCAUGUUCUACCACUGAUCUGUACUCAAAUCCCUGAGUCUUGAGAACUUUUUAAACACUUAACAUUAUGGAAAUAAAUAUCCACUUUUAGAAUGAUCUCUAUGCAAUUAUUACAAUGAUUUUGUAAUAGAUGCUCAAAUAGGGAGGGAAAGAUCAGGGUGAAGGUUGGCCUGAGAAAAUGAUAUCCUGACAGGACAGAACAAAAGAGCAGUACUGAAAUAAUUAGACUAAAGGUUGUUUUCCUGUCACCACACACCAGAUAUGGAGAGUAGUAAAAGCAGACAGAUGGACAAUUCUGCUAGUUUUGGAAUGUGUGAAAAAAGAAAAGAAACAUUCUGUUCCUUUUACUUAAAAAAGGAAUUCCUAGGCUAAAUUGCUGGUCUCAGUACUAAGUUUCAUAUUCUGACCAAAGAAACAUUUUUUUUACCCUGGGGAUAAUGAUUCAUGCUCUUCUCAGAAUUUUGCUUUUGUGGAUACUAAAAUAUAGUCAUAAGUACUGCACUGUUAGUUGGAGCUAAUGAUAUUAUUGAGUAUUCUAGUGAUGGUUAGGAAUGUUAGUAUUGUAAACCCAGUUGUAACAAAGGAACCAAGCACAUCUUAGUUAACUGAUUCUAGGAGAUGAAAAAGUACAUUUUUUUUAAAAAAAAGCUAAUUACUAUAAUUUGGUAGAUUAUUCAAUGAAACUAGGACCUCUAAUUACAUUUUUAAAAAAUACUUUAUCAUUUUGAUAGGUUGGUGUCAAAAGGCAAAUCUUCUUCCAAUAUUGGAUGGGGUUGGUUUUGUUUUGUUUUGGUGGUGCUAGGGAUUGAGCCCAGGGCCUCAUGCCAGGCAAGCUACUUCACUGCUGAGCUACAUGCCCAAAUCUCUCAACUUCCAGUAUUGACAAUGUAGAUACCUUUUCCCCCUGGGCCUUUUUUUUCCCCCUUACAUCUCUCAAAAUUAGUAUGAGAUUUUAAGAAAUAGAGGUUUUAAUGUGCUUUUUAUGGACCAUAAUAAGUCACUCUUCGCUCAGAAUUUUCACCAUGUCAGGAUAUUGACAUCACAUGUUCAUCUACAUAAUUACUGUUAUUGGACACAUACACAAAAGGCUUUGUUAAUGUCCCUUAUAAUGUCUUUCUCCAACAUAGGUACUUUCCCUUAUAUCUUCACUUGAAUCUUUGCAGUCACUGCCUUUUCUUGGGUUAUCUUGUUAGCCUCUCUAUAGCCAGAGCUUAGAACUUCAGCUCUUGAAGUUCCCAUUUUCAAAGUUCCUUACAUCUCCCUUUGUGCCUUUUUCAAUUUUAGCAAAAGUUAGCUGAUGGAUCAUAAUAUGUGAAGCAAUUGGAAAAAUAGCCUAAAGACAUGUUGAUAAGUUUUAUAAGGAAGCAGUUCAUGUUUUUGCUUUGGAACAGCCAUACAUCUAAUUUCUUAAAGUAGUUUUAUAUGUAAAACUUGUAAAGGAUCAUAACAAUGCCUCCACGACCAUCAUCAGGUGAACUGUGGGGCAUCCACUUGAUGCCCCCAAGAAUCCUAGUAGAAUGUUUACUACCAAAUGGAAUGAUAGUGACUUUAGAAUGCCUCCGUGAGGCUACAUUAAUAACUAUAAAGCAUGAACUAUUUAAAGAAGCAAGAAAAUACCCUCUCUAUCAACUUCUUCAAGAUGAAUCUUCUUACAUUUUCGUAAGUGUUACCCAAGAAGCAGAAAGGGAAGAAUUUUUUGAUGAAACAAGACGACUUUGUGACCUUCGGCUUUUUCAACCCUUUUUAAAAGUUAUUGAACCAGUAGGCAACCGUGAAGAAAAGAUCCUCAAUCGAGAAAUUGGUUUUGUUAUCGGUAUGCCAGUGUGUGAAUUUGAUAUGGUUAAAGAUCCAGAAGUACAGGACUUCCGAAGAAAUAUUCUGAAUGUUUGUAAAGAAGCUGUGGAUCUUAGGGAUCUCAAUUCACCUCAUAGUAGAGCAAUGUAUGUGUAUCCUCCAAAUGUGGAAUCUUCACCAGAACUGCCAAAGCACAUAUAUAAUAAAUUAGAUAAAGGACAAAUAAUAGUGGUGAUUUGGGUAAUAGUUUCGCCAAAUAAUGACAAGCAGAAGUAUACUCUAAAAAUCAACCAUGACUGUGUGCCAGAACAAGUAAUUGCUGAGGCAAUCAGGAAAAAAACUCGAAGUAUGUUGCUAUCCUCUGAGCAACUAAAACUCUGUGUUUUAGAAUAUCAGGGCAAAUAUAUUUUAAAAGUGUGUGGAUGUGAUGAAUACUUUCUAGAAAAAUAUCCUCUGAGUCAGUAUAAGUACAUAAGAAGCUGUAUAAUGCUUGGGAGGAUGCCCAAUUUGAUGCUGAUGGCUAAAGAAAGCCUGUACUCUCAACUGCCAAUGGACUGUUUUACAAUGCCAUCUUAUUCUAGACGCAUCUCCACAGCUACACCAUAUAUGAAUGGAGAAACAUCUACCAAAUCCCUUUGGGUUAUAAAUAGCGCACUCAGAAUAAAAAUUCUUUGUGCAACCUAUGUAAAUGUAAAUAUUCGAGACAUUGAUAAGAUUUAUGUUAGAACAGGUAUCUACCAUGGAGGAGAACCCUUAUGUGACAAUGUGAACACUCAGAGAGUUCCUUGUUCCAAUCCCAGGUGGAAUGAAUGGCUGAAUUAUGAUAUAUACAUUCCUGAUCUUCCUCGUGCUGCUCGACUUUGCCUUUCCAUUUGCUCUGUUAAAGGCCGAAAGGGUGCUAAAGAGGAACACUGUCCAUUGGCCUGGGGAAAUAUAAACUUGUUUGAUUAUACUGACACCCUAGUAUCAGGAAAAAUGGCUUUGAAUCUUUGGCCAGUACCUCAUGGAUUAGAAGAUCUGCUGAACCCUAUUGGUGUUACUGGGUCAAAUCCAAAUAAAGAAACUCCAUGCUUAGAGUUGGAAUUUGAUUGGUUCAGCAGUGUGGUAAAGUUUCCAGAUAUGUCAGUGAUUGAAGAACAUGCCAAUUGGUCUGUAUCCCGAGAAGCAGGAUUUAGUUAUUCCCAUGCAGGACUGAGUAACAGACUAGCUAGAGAUAAUGAAUUAAGAGAAAAUGACAAAGAACAACUCCGAGCAAUUUGUACACGAGAUCCUCUAUCUGAAAUCACUGAGCAAGAGAAAGAUUUUCUAUGGAGCCACAGACACUAUUGCGUAACUAUACCUGAAAUUCUACCCAAAUUGCUUCUGUCUGUUAAAUGGAAUUCUAGAGAUGAAGUAGCCCAGAUGUACUGCUUAGUAAAAGAUUGGCCUCCAAUCAAGCCUGAACAGGCAAUGGAGCUUCUGGACUGUAAUUACCCAGAUCCUAUGGUUCGAGGUUUUGCUGUUCGAUGCUUAGAAAAAUAUUUAACAGAUGACAAACUUUCUCAGUACCUGAUUCAGCUAGUACAGGUCCUGAAAUAUGAGCAAUAUUUGGAUAACCUGCUUGUGAGAUUUUUACUCAAGAAAGCAUUGACAAAUCAAAGGAUUGGGCACUUUUUCUUUUGGCACUUAAAAUCUGAGAUGCACAAUAAAACAGUUAGUCAGAGGUUUGGCCUGCUUUUAGAGUCCUACUGUCGUGCAUGUGGGAUGUAUUUGAAGCACCUGAAUAGGCAAGUUGAGGCUAUGGAAAAGCUCAUUAACUUAACUGAUAUUCUCAAACAAGAAAAAAAGGAUGAAACACAAAAGGUACAGAUGAAGUUUUUAGUUGAGCAAAUGAGGCAACCAGAUUUCAUGGAUGCUCUACAAGGCUUUCUGUCUCCUUUAAACCCUGCUCAUCAACUAGGAAAUCUCCGGCUUGAGGAGUGUCGAAUUAUGUCCUCUGCAAAAAGGCCACUGUGGUUGAAUUGGGAGAACCCAGACAUCAUGUCGGAGUUACUGUUUCAGAACAAUGAGAUCAUCUUUAAAAAUGGAGAUGAUUUACGGCAAGAUAUGCUAACACUUCAAAUUAUUCGAAUUAUGGAAAACAUCUGGCAAAAUCAAGGUCUUGAUCUUCGAAUGUUACCUUAUGGUUGUCUGUCAAUUGGUGACUGUGUAGGACUUAUUGAGGUGGUAAGAAAUUCUCACACUAUCAUGCAAAUUCAGUGCAAAGGUGGCCUGAAAGGCGCACUGCAGUUCAACAGCCACACACUACAUCAGUGGCUCAAAGAUAAGAACAAAGGAGAAAUAUAUGAUGCAGCCAUAGACCUGUUUACACGUUCAUGUGCUGGAUAUUGUGUGGCUACCUUCAUUUUGGGAAUUGGAGAUCGGCACAAUAGUAACAUCAUGGUGAAAGAUGAUGGACAACUGUUUCAUAUAGAUUUUGGACACUUUUUGGAUCACAAGAAGAAAAAAUUUGGUUAUAAACGAGAACGUGUACCCUUCGUUUUGACACAAGAUUUCUUAAUUGUGAUUAGUAAAGGAGCUCAAGAAUGUACAAAGACCAGAGAAUUUGAGAGGUUUCAGGAGAUGUGUUACAAGGCUUAUCUAGCUAUUCGACAGCAUGCCAAUCUCUUCAUUAAUCUUUUCUCAAUGAUGCUUGGCUCUGGAAUGCCAGAACUACAGUCUUUUGAUGACAUUGCAUAUAUUCGAAAGACCCUAGCCUUAGAUAAAACUGAGCAAGAGGCUUUGGAAUAUUUCAUGAAACAAAUGAAUGAUGCACACCAUGGUGGCUGGACAACAAAAAUGGAUUGGAUCUUCCACACAAUUAAGCAGCAUGCAUUGAACUGAAAGGAUAACUAAGAAACUGAAAGCCUAAUAUCUGGAUUCUACACUGCACUGUUAAUAACUAUCAGCAGGCAAAGACUGAUUGCAUAGGAAUUGCACAAUCCAUGAACAGCAUUAGAAUUUACAGCAAGAACAGAAAUAAAAUAGUAUAUAAUUUAAAUAAUGUAAUGCAAACAGGGUUUGAUAGCACUAAACUAGUUCGUUUCAAAAUUAAGCUUUAGAAUAAUGCGCAAUUUCAUGUUAUGCCUUAAGUCCAAAAAAAAAAAAAAGGUAAACUUUGAAGAUUGUUUGUAUCUUUUUUUAAAAAACAAAACAAAACAAAACUCCCCAAAAUAUAUAGCAAUGAUGGAGAAAGAAAAAGAAUGAUGUUCUACUUAUCUUGCAAAUGUUCUGUUUUGAAAUGUGGAUACAACAAAGGCUGUUAUUGCAUUAGGGCUAAGUAAACUAGAGCUUAUGUUAAAUUAUGUAAGAUUGGAAAAGAAUGAAAAUUUCUUUUUUUUUUUCCCCAUUGCUGAUCAAUUUGCAAUUUGAAAUGGAUUUUUGGACUCCUUGUUUAAUGAAGAAAAAAUGCUUUGGGUGGAAGGGACUCUUGCGAUUUCAUCAGAGACUUUUUCUUUUUAAUAAAUCAAACCUUUUGAUGAUUUGGGGUCUUAUCUGCACAGUUUUGGAAGCAGUCACAAAUGAGACCUGUUAUAAGGUAGUGUUUUUGUUGUUUUUUUCUUUUUCUUUUUCUUUUUUUUUUUUUUGUCUUGUUUUUUUUGUUUUUUCAUUGUUUUUUUCUGAACAGUAUUUACAAGGAUCUGACUCUUAUUUCCUAGGGAAAUUCUGGACUCCCACAAAGUAAGAUAAUCAUCAUAGAAAAAGAAUGAGCAAGAAUAGUAUUUGUUCCAGAAUUGUACAGUGUUCACCUUAAGUUGAUUUUUUUUUCCUCCUUUUGCAAUUGAACUGAAUACAUUUUUCAUGCAUGUUUUCCAGAAAAUAGAAGUGAGUAUUAAUGUUAUUAAAAAGAUUAUUUUUUUUAUUAAAGGCUAUUUAUAUUAUAGAAACUAUCAUUAAUAUAUAUUCUUUAUUUACAUAAUCUGUCCCAUAGUCAUGCAUUGUUUUGCACCCCAAAUUUUUAUUGUUAGUAGCAGCAUGGUUAGCUUUUCUCUUGGUCUGUAGACGAGGCUCAGGCACUCUCUCAUUAAUACUAAUUCCCAAUGUAUAACUACUUAAAGAAAACAGAUUGAACUUCACCCUUUUUCCCUUUUAUUUCUUUCUGUUUUCACAUGAAUCCCUCAUCUUCCACCCUUUUAUAGUUAAGAGUGGUUCAAUCAUAUGAAAUAAGUUACCAGAAUUAACACAAUUUAGGCUAUCGUCCUGAUUACAUAAACCCCUCUACUGAGGUAUGCUCAUGAAUAAUACUUUAGAAUAUGAAAGAAUAGAAACCAUGAACUUUUUUACCUUUUUAAGCUGUUUAUCCAUAUUUCAAUGAUAAAAAUAGGACGUUAAACUAUUUUUAAGAUCGUUUCCCAGUGAUCAGGUCUCACUUUAACCUCAUUAAAUCUCAUUUGAGCACAGGACACAUUCUAAAACUUUUUUUUUUUUUUAAACAAUCACCAAGAUGUAGGAACUAAUGCUAGUCAUCACUCUGGAAUCUGAUGUUUUACUCAGUAUUUGAAAUGAAUGAUUAAUGUCCUAGGAGAUAGCUUUAGCAAAUGUCCAGGUGCCACACACACACACACAAAAAAAAAAAAUAGUGCAAUAAUUUACUGACAGUUUUCUAGAUUAGGCAUAUUAUUGGAGAACAACUUUAUAAAGAGUGCACAUUGAAUACUCUAGUAAAACAGCAUCACUUUAAAAAUAUUCGUCUACUAAAUCAGAUACUUAUAGUAAAAGUCUUGAAUAGUGAACAAGGGACUCUAAUACAAAUAUUCUUAGUAUCUGGCUGUUUUAGAACCCUUAAAGGGCAUAAUUAUUGAAGAUUUAGGUACUUCAUUAAAGCAUGUAUAUAAUAUUGCCAAGAAGAAAAAUAAAUUUCAAAAUUAGAAUUUAUUUCUAUAAACUGUCUUGGAAUAGUUAAGCAGAAUUUAAGCUCUGUUUUAAGCAGGAAACCAGAUAUAUUCUUUUGCAGAUACAAAAUAUUUCAUAACUUAUUUAAACUUCACAAUUACAUUUUGUGUUGUUUAGCUUAUAUGCAGUUGAUAAAUACUAACAUCCCAUCCUUUUCUAUAUCAGGGAUUGAUUAUAGGAAAACUCAGUGAAAUGGUACAAAUCUGAAAAUUUGAUGGUGGAAACUGAAGAAUUAACAGAGAACUGUGUUUUACCCAAGUGCCAAAAAAGCCUUGAGCCUCCUUGCACAAAAUUUAUGAUUUCUCCCUUUUUUCACAGUAGUUCCUAUCAUUACCCCUCUUUCCCCCAGAACCUCUCCAUCAUAAAAACACAAGCCCACAUAGCUUACUUCAUCAUUUACAUUUAUUUUCAAAAAUUACUACAACCAAAUUAAUUCUGUUUGGAGAAGUAUAGACAAAUUCUGUAAAGAAUAUAGAUUAAGUGAUCUAACUAAAAAGAAAGGAGGACAGGAAGUGUUCAGAAAGGCAAGACCAAAAAUCAAAAGCUGCAUGGGGUGACGAGAUCUAUUUCCAGGUACUUCAAUAUCAGAGAGCAGUUGUCAUAGAUUGGUCAGAUCCUAGAGCUGACAAUCCUUGUCAUUGAAUGUGAUGUAACUGACUAUUGGCUCUACAGUUUCCUUAAGUCACUUGAGAAGUACUCCUUCAAUAAUUAUUUUGGAGGGGAACAAAGCUCCUCUAAAGAAAAAAAAAACUAACUUUAAAUACAUUGUAGCAAGAAAUAAUCAAUUGUUUGAAAAUCAUGCUUUAACUUUUUACCAUAUUCUCAGCUAUACAAAAACUUUUUUUUAGGAUUUUUAGACUGCUGUUAAUUUAAAUCUGUUAAUCUUAUUGUGGGAUUUGGUUUUUUAAAAAAGAUGUUUCUAAUUGGAUUUUUUAAAAGAAGAGUGUAAUUUGGUUGCUAUUUUAUGAUAGAACCUAAGCCUUUUGUGGUUCUUAGUGUCCUCUGUAAAACUUAGUGUCAAAGUAAUCAACUUCAAGUUUUUUCCCUUAUAUUCUGCUUUAUAUUACAAGCCCAUUAGGAAAUGGGAACCUGGUGAAUAUAUAAUGAAUUGUAAAAUAUUUUAAUGUGUAACUUUUUCAACUGUGAAACUAUGACUAUUGGUUUUUUGAUGAAAACAGCUGCUGAUAAAGUA